CUGUCCGGCAGAGGUCCGACAGAAGGUAGGAAGUAAAAUUUUUGUGCAGUGGUUGCAAAGGGCCGUCGUACGUUUAUCUCUUGAAAUUGAUUUGUAUGCCUUCAAAUACAUUGCCUCAAUGACAAGCACCGCUGCACCACAGAGGAGAGCUGACUAGAGGGUGGGGGCCAGAGCCGGUCAGCAUGGCGUCUGGCAGCCAGUCAGUGCGUGCGCAGAACAGCCAUGGCCUCAAGCAGAUUGACCUGGACCAGAUAUGGGGCGACCUGCGGGAGGGUAUCGAGCAGGUGUACACCAACAAGCAGGAGAACAUGUCCAAGACCCGCUACAUGCAGCUAUACACACAUGUCUACGACUACUGUACCAGCGUACAUCAAGGCGGCUCGCGGACGCCAGCAGCCAAAACCAAGAAGAACCAGCCUGUUGGUGGUGCCCAGUUUGUUGGCUAUGAGCUGUACAAACGUUUGAAAGAGUUCCUCAAGAAUUACCUUGUCACGCUUCUUAGGGAUGGAAUCGACCUUAUGGACGAAGAUGUGUUACGGUUCUACACCAAGGAGUGGGAAGAGUACCAGUUCUCAAGUAAGGUGCUCAAUGGCAUCUGUUCCUAUCUCAAUCGGCACUGGGUCAAGCGAGAAUGUGAUGAGGGAAGGAAGAACAUCUACGAGAUAUACCAGCUGGCCUUGGUCUCCUGGAGGGACUGCUUCUUUACACCGUUGCACAAGCAGGUGACCAAUGCCGUUCUCAAGCUCAUUGAAAAGGAGCGGAACGGCGAGCCGAUCAACACGAGACUGGUCAGCGGCGUCAUGUUCUGCUACGUUGAGCUUGGUCUAAACGAGGAAGAUCCGUCGGCCAAGGGGCCAAACCUGUCCGUGUACAAGGAUGCAUUUGAGAACACGUUCCUGGAAGACACUGAGCGCUUCUACAACCGGGAGAGCAUGGAGUUCCUGAGGCAGAACCCUGUCACUGAGUACAUGAAAAAGGCGGAGCAGCGUCUGACGGAGGAGCAGCGACGGGUGCACCUGUACCUGCAUGAGACGACGCUCGAGGCACUUGCCAAGACAUGCGAGAAAGUGCUCAUAGAGAAGCACCUGGAGAUCUUCUACGCAGAGUUCAAGAACUUGCUCAGCGACGACAAGGAUGAGGAUCUCGGAAGAAUGUUCCAGCUUGUGUCGCGCAUUGUUGAUGGGCUUGGUGAACUGCGUACUCUGCUCGAAGAGCACAUACAGGCCCAGGGCCUGUCUGCUGUGGAGCGGCUAGGGGAGGCAGCCGCCCAAGACCCCAAGCUGUAUGUGGCCACGCUGCUGCAGGUGCACCGCAAGUACAACGCUCUUGUGCUCACUGCCUUUGCCAACGACGUGGGCUUCGUUGCUUCCCUUGACAAGGCAUGUGGUAAGUUCAUCAACAACAAUGCUGUCACAAGGCUCGCCAACUCGUCUAGUAAAUCUCCUGAGCUGCUGGCAAAGUACUGCGACAUUCUGCUGAAAAAGAGUUCCAAAAAUCCAGAGGAAUCUGAACUCGAAGACACACUUAAUCAAGUGAUGAUAGUGUUCAAGUACAUAGAAGACAAAGACGUGUUCCAGAAAUUCUACAGCAAAAUGUUAGCAAAGCGGCUAGUGCAGCACAUGUCGGCCAGUGACGAUGCCGAAGCCAGCAUGAUCUCCAAGCUCAAGCAAGCCUGCGGCUUUGAGUACACCUCGAAGCUUCAGCGCAUGUUCCAGGACAUUGGAGUGAGCAAGGACCUUAACGAGCAGUUUAGGAAGCACAUGUUUAAUACUGAGGACAACCUUGGAUUGGACUUCAGUAUACAAGUCCUGAGCUCUGGGUCAUGGCCGUUCCAGCAGUCAUUCACGUUAGCACUUCCUCAGGCGCUGGAGCGAAGCGUUCAGCGCUUCACCAUGUUCUACAGCAGCCAACACAGUGGCCGCAAGCUCCAUUGGCUGUACAACAUGUCCAAGGGGGAGCUGAUUGCCAACUGCUUCCACAAGAACCGUUACACUUUGCAGGCAUCCACCUUCCAGAUGGCUGUUCUGCUGCAGUACAACAUUGAAGUGUCUUACACAGUACAACAACUUCAAGAAGGAACUGGCAUCAAAAUGGACAUACUGCAGCAGGUGCUGCAGAUCCUGCUCAAGUCGAAGCUGCUUGUGUGCUUGGAGGAUGAAGACUCGUCUCAGGGGGGCAACUUCGAGCUGCGGCCCGAGUCAGUAGUGUCCUUGUACGAGGACUACAAGAACAAGAAGCUGCGCGUCAACAUCAACGUCCCUAUGAAGGCAGAGAUGAAGGUUGAGCAGGAGACUACUCACAAGAACAUUGAAGAGGACAGGAAGAUCCUCAUUCAGGCAUCUAUCGUGCGUAUCAUGAAGAUGCGCAAGACACUCAAGCACCAGCAGCUUUUAGCAGAAGUGCUAAACCAGCUGUCCUCGAGGUUUAAACCCAGGGUGCCUGUAAUUAAGAAAUGCAUAGACAUUCUAAUUGAAAAGGAGUACCUGCAGAGAGCAGACGGUCAGAAGGACACGUACACCUACCUUGCGUGAGGCGCCAAGAAGUCCGGCUGGGUGGAGAGAGGCAGGUUCCUUUAGAGCCAGGUGACAGCACACCAAGCCGUCAAGACGUUCUUACGAGCAAAGCAGCAAGAGAUGCCCGCUGCCGCCUCCUCUUGUAGAUGUGCUGUACCAAGAAAGGAAAGGAAGGAUUGGGGGGGGGGGGGUCCAAAAACAGGUGCUGUGUGCUGGCUCGCCUUCAGAAAAGACCUCGCUGCAUGCCCAGUCACGUGGAGAAUGGUGUAGAUCCUGCCAAGUUUCGUUUUAUUCAACCCCUGCAUCCCCCACCCCAACUGUUUGCUGCAACCACUGCAACCGGAAGAGAGAAAAAGUCGGAUGCCUCUGUGUCGAACCACCAGCCGACUUCCUCGCAAGGUACUUGCCCGUGUCUCAAAAGUGACUAGACGUCGCGCCUCUACUGCCGAAGACGGCGGACCAUGGUGGAUGUCGUAACGUGCCGCCACCGCUUGUUUUUUUUGCUUUUCCCGCCGAGAGGACUUCGGUGGCAGACAGGACUCCAAAUGGGCGGGCAAGAAAGAGAAAAAUGAAAAGGGAAAUUAAGGGCCUCCGUUGUGACUCUGUAACACAUGCUGUUGGUUGCCACUGUAUGUCGCUAGUAAGCAAGGUGCGUGUGAAACGUGUGUGGCGUCCGUUGCCGGUGUGCGGUGGCAGCAGUGCCCUAGGAACACUCUUCUUUGCCCAUUGGCAUUUGUUGCAGCAGGCACGUACUCCCCCCCCCCCUCCCCCUACUUCUUUUGUGCAUAGGCCUGAUGACAUCUUGGAACUUUGAAACAAAACAGUGUGCAGUGCUAUGAUCUUUUUCUUUCUUUUCUUGCGUGGAACCCGCAUUUCUUUUUUUUUUUUUUUUUCGCUGUCUCUUGCUCUCAUUUUUUUUUUCUCCUCUACCACCCCGCUCCUUUCUCAUCGCUGUCUUUUUGUUUCCGUGCCUAUGUCUAUGACAUCGCUCUGCAGGGUCAUUGUCCUAUACGUGUUGCCUCUGUAUCGCCACACCUUUUUGUCGGGCCACUAUCUCAUGGGCCUUAACUGUAAUCCCCUCCCCACUCUUCCCUUUCUUUUUUUCAGUGAACAGCGCAAUUGCAAAAUAAUAAAAGAGCAUGUUACAGGGGUUUUGAUAUCGUAAUUCUCUUGUGAUAGCGGCAACAGUUUUUUGUUGUUGCACUCAUUGUAGGCGCCACAGCGUGCUCAGAGAUGCAUUUUUGAUUCUUUUAUUGUUGAUUUGUUAGUUGGCUCAUUCCCCCCGUUUUUUUUCCUCUCUCCUUUUGGAGGUGCGCUAGGGAGGCACUGUUGCUACUUUCGAGGGUUUGUCCCAUAGUUCAGUGUCUCUCGUGGGUUGGGAGAAUGGCAGUUACCCUUAUUUUGUUGAUGUGCUCCUCCAUCAAAAUGGUAAGGUACCUUGCUUUUCGUGCAAAGCAACAGAUGCCUCCCCUGGAAAUGCUGACUGCCUUGUGUACAAGAAUGCUGAAAUCUGGAUCCUGAGGAGCAAUAAAAGAAAAAU